UUCAACACGCGCCUUUUCCAAUCUAAACAAAAGGGCCUCCUAAUAGUAUCAACUUAUUCCGCAUCUUUUCAAUUUAUACGCCAGUUCUAAUUUCACCGAACCACUGGCAUAAUGGUAAGCGAAGCGGAAUCCAGUGAUACUGAUCAGUGCCCGUGGGCAGCAAGUCAACCAUCGGAAACAGAAGAGUUCUUAGGAUUCAAUGAACAGGAAACGAAUAGAGUACCACUGCCAAUCGAUCAAAAACCGGUGCAAUCUGCAGUAGCGUCAUCAAUUUUCAAGUGUGAAACGUGUGGUGUGGCCUUCCGAAAGCGAGAUCAUUUCGACCGACAUCGCUUUGGACACACCGGAGUGCGAGAGUACCGCUGUUCGGUAGAGGGAUGCACGAAAGAGUACACGAACAGGACACACCUAAAUCGGCACAUUCGAGUGAAUCAUACUGAAAAACUACCUCAACCGGGAGACCCAAUCUGCUGUAAACAUCCUGGUUGUGAGAAAAAAUUUUGGACCGAGCAUAGUAUGCGUCGUCAUUAUGAUUCAAAACACGUCCUGGGAAAGUCUUGGUCCUGUUCGGAAUGCGAGGAACGCUUUUGGCGAAAGCUACAGCUCAAGCAACACUCAUUCAAACACACUGGCCAAUAUCCACAUCGAUGUAAUAUCUGCGAGAAAGGUUUCAUGAAUUUGAAAUCGUUUCGAAAUCACCGCACGUACCAUGCAUUGCACAAGUGUGAAUCUUGCACGGCCGAAUUCACUCGCUGGACAGAUCUGGUUGCCCAUAGGAAACUGCAGCAUGCGACCCUGUACCAGUGUGACAUCUGUCAAGGAAAGUUUCCCUCCAAGAAGAAUCUUAAAGCGCACAUCAAGAUUCAUCUCGAGAGUCACGAAGUAUUCCAGUGUCCCCACGAUGGAUGCCCCAAGUUUUACGAUUAUGAACGAAAUCUGGUAGCGCACAUUCGAUCGAAGCACGAAGGAUCCCGGAAAUAUGUCUGCCCUGUUCCGGACUGCGGUCGAUCGCUAUCCACAAGACAGAAACUGGAUCAGCACCGCCGCAUGCACGAGUUUGCAGCUCGAAGCGUCCCUCGGAUGAAGGUUCCAACUGGUGGAAAACCGAGCACGAAACGAAAAGAUACCGGGAUACCGAAACGUUCCAGUGCGGCCCGGUUGGCCAACGUUAAGCUUGAACCACGGGUAGAAAAAAUUCUGAUCGAGCAGAGUCCGGACCGUAGGCCGCCGGUUCAGUUCGAGUGUUUUGUCGCACUGGAUUCAGCGUCCGAAUCGGAACAGGAAACCAGCGGAAAGGUGCGCGAGAUUAUCCAGGAUCAACUGGCGAAAGUUCAAGAGCAAAUUCGGCUACUGAAGGAACAAACGCAGUGAGUCGUGUAUGAUAAAAGCAGAAUGAGUUGAAAGGGAGGAGUGUAGAAUUAAGUGUUGAAUUGUGAAUUUAGAUUUUUUAUAUAAAUUUGAAAUUAUUACCAAAGAAUUUUUUAAUAAAAAUGAAUUUCUUGAAACAA